ACUGUGCGAGCGCCGGCGCCGGAUGUGACGCAUUUCGUGUGCGACUGUUGUAGCGCCGUUAGAACGUUUGUUUGUGGACGCUGUGUUUUCUCAUCGACGCGUUUAAUUCUCUUCUAUUUAUUUGACACGUCUGCGUUUAUCCCAGAGACCUAGAGACACGCGAUGUCUUUAGCAGACGAACUACUGGCUGAUUUGGAGGAGGCUGGAGAGGAAGGAGAGGACGGACUGUAUCCGGAUGAGGAAGAAGACCAGAACGGUGGAGAGACUCCACACAGAGGACAUGGAAGGCUGGAGGACAUCCCAGAGGAGAUGGAGACGAGCACCAGCAGCACAGAGUGCGUGACCUCUAUAGCAAAGCUGCGCAACAGCAAAUCGUUUUCUGAGAUCAUGGAUAAAAUCACGCAAUAUGUGGGGAAUCCUCGCAAAAACACAGAAGUGUCUGGGCCGGUGGAGGCAGAUCCCGAGUAUCGUCUCAUCGUCGCUGCUAAUAACCUCACCGUGGAGAUCGAUAAUGAACUGAAUAUUAUUCAUAAAUUUGUACGAGAUAAAUACUCAAAGAGGUUCCCGGAACUGGAGUCGCUGGUGCCAAACACGCUGGAUUACAUCAGAACCGUCAAGGAGCUGGGAAACAACCUGGACAAGUGUAAGACCAAUGAAACGCUGCAGCAGAUUCUGACCAAUGCCACCAUCAUGGUGGUCAGUGUUACCGCCUCCACCACACAAGGUGUGCUCCUGGCAGACGACGAGCUUCAGCGACUGGAGGAGGCGUGUGACAUGGCACUCGAGCUCAACCAGUCAAAGCACAGGAUCUACGAAUACGUCGAGUCACGAAUGUCCUUCAUCGCUCCCAAUCUGUCCAUCAUCGUCGGAGCCUCGACGGCCGCCAAGCUGAUGGGAAUCGCUGGAGGCCUGACGAACCUGUCGAAGAUGCCGGCGUGUAACUUAAUGCUUCUGGGAGCACAGAGGAGAACGUUGUCCGGCUUCAGCAGCACAUCACUGCUCCCUCACACGGGCUACAUCUACCACUGCGACGUUGUUCAGUGUCUCCCUCCAGAUCUGCGGAGGAAGGCGGCACGUCAAGUCGCCGCCAAGUGCACACUUGCAGCCCGUGUGGACAGUUUUCAUGAGGGUACAGAUGGCAAGGUUGGUUAUGAAUUGAAGGAGGAGAUUGAGCGUAAAUUUGAUAAGUGGCAGGAGCCGCCGCCCGUCAAACAGGUGAAGCCCCUCCCUGCCCCGCUCGAUGCUUCGAGGACGAAGAGAGGAGGCAGGAGGUAUCGUAAGAUGAAGGAGCGUUUGGGACUCACAGAGAUCAGAAAACAUGCCAACAGAAUGACAUUCGCUGAGAUUGAAGACGACGCAUAUCAAGAGGAUCUGGGCUUCAGCUUGGGGCAGCUGGGUAAAUCGGGCAGCGGCAGGGUGAGACAGGCUCAGGUUAAUGACUCCACGAAAGCUCGCAUCUCCAAAUCACUGCAGCGGACGCUGCAGAAGCAGAGCAUGACGUACGGAGGGAAGUCCACCGUCAGAGACCGGUCUUCAGGAACAAGCUCCAGUGUGGCAUUCACUCCAUUACAGGGUUUGGAGAUCGUCAAUCCACAGGCUGCGGAGAAGAAAGUGGCCGAAGCCAACCAGAAAUACUUCUCCAACAUGGCCGAGUUCCUCAAGGUCAAGAAAGAAGGAGGAGCCAAAGCGUGAGACAAAGAAAGAUGCGCGCGUGCGCACACACACACGUGCGGGCGCACGUACGUUUUCUGGAUAAAGACUUUUCCUACAUGCGUGUAGAGUUUUUCUGUUGUUGUUUUUUAAUUUUUAAAUAAAUGUGAAAGGGAUUAAAAUGUUGUGGAAAUGC